AUGACGAUACCAUCUUUUCUUGCCGGGGCCUUGCUGGCCAGCACCACCUACUACCCCGACCAUGUCCACGCUCUACUCGCAAAGCUGCCCGCGGCAUUACUCGCCCGACUGCACCUGGUCGGCGAUGACGUGAGCACGCUCCGGUUUGUCCUCAAGGUUGUUCUUGCUCUGGACCUCCUCCGAACGGCCAACCGCAUCCUGAACAGGACGGCCACGAACCACUGGCGGAUCACUGCCCAGCCGGGCUGGCACUGGCCAAACGAGGUCGCCGUGGUCACAGGCGGGUGCAGCGGCAUUGGACAGAAGCUGGCGUACGGUCUUCUCGAGAGGGGAGCUACCGUCAUUGUGCUCGACAUCCAGGAUAUGCCCGCCGAGAUGCGAGCGCGAGCAGAAUCACUCCGCCCCUCGACGACUUUUGCGUCGGCUUCGAAAACCCCAUCGCCCCAGAGGCUCUUCUACUACAAGUGUGACAUCACCUCGCCCGAGUCUGUCCAGGCCGCAGCGGCCGCCAUCGCCGCGGAGCCGGGCAUCCGCGGCAGCGGACCGAGCAUCCUGAUCAACAAUGCGGGCGUGUCUCACGAGCUGCCCAUCCUCACGGUGCCCCUGACCCAAGUGCAGCGCAUCUUCCAGGUCAACACCGUCUCGCACUGGACGCUCGCGCAGGCGUUCGUGCCGGCCAUGGUCGCCGCUAACAAGGGCCACAUCGUCACCAUCGCGAGCCUGGCGUCGUACGUUGCGCUGCCCUACGGCGGCGCCUACGCUGCCACCAAGGCCGCGGCACUCGCCUUCCACGAGGCGCUGAGCUGCGAGCUCAAGCAUAUUCACGCAAGCCCCGGCGUGGUGUGCACCGUUGUGCACCCAAACUUUGUCGACACGCCGCUGACCGAGGGGUUUGCCGACAAGCUGCAGCACGGGGGCUUACCGCGGAUGCUGACCAGUCAGCAGGUCAGCGACGCAGUGCUGGAGCAGGUCGUGCAGAGACGCAAGGGGGGACAGGUGUUUGUCCCCAGUAGUGCGUGGUAUCUGAGCAUGCUGAGGGCUUGGCCAAACUGGGUGCAGGAAGUCAUUCGAGACACGCUGGGCAAGGGCACGGCGAAGCAGUUUGGUAGAGUCACGGCUGCGGAUCUCGCGGCUCAGAGGUAA